AUGAUCCCGUACCCCCGCCCCCAUUCUCCUCCUCGUUUCCUAUCCCUGUCGCGCCCUUUAGCACCGCUUCCAGCCUCGGCUCUCAUCCAGGCUAGGGCCCUUCGUCCACAGAUACCGCCGUUGGCGAUAGCUGCAAUUCAUGGUUUUCAUUCGACGCCACGGCGAGAAGGCCUUCCGUUUUAUCUAUUAGCCUCGGUAUUCAAGGCGUCAACGACCUUUGAGAUUGCACGAACAGCAGGUCGAAUUGUCCUCACUUUUGUUCCCGUUAUAAUCCUCAAAAAUCAUAAAUCACGAAAGUACCUAAAAUUUGCUGAUGUCAAAGGUAUUCCCACCUCGGAGGAGAAGAAGACGCAACUUCUAAGGAGAAUACGCAACCGUACCAUUCUAUUCCAUGUUCUUCUGCUCAUCCCAGCGACCUUGUUCUGGCUCACGAUCAUUGCCAGCAUGGAGCGCACUCCACUUACCGGACGAUGGCGCUUGAUCAUCUUAUCACCGGAAGAAGAGGACGAUAUAGCUGCCCAGCUAGCGGGUCCUGGCUGGUAUAAAGCAGUCGAUGAUAUUCUUGCCCAGGACGGCCCGACACGGUACAUACCUCCCAGUGAUUGGAGGUACGAAUGGGUCAGGAAUACCUUACGAAGUUUGGAGGAAACACUCCCCGUUCUGAUCCAGGAGGCAGAAUUGUGUCCCGACUGGGUGGAACAUGGACCCCACAACCAACCGUUACCACCCCCAGCAGAAUACCCUUUGCGACCUCGACCUCGCGCCUCAGAAACCCUUCGGCGGAUGUGUUCAGCGAUGUGUGAGCGUACUGCACCCCCUGUACCUCACGCUGUUGCAGGCCCACCUUAUUCUCUAUUGGUUGUGGAUAAACCGGAGGCCUCCAAUGCGUUUUCGUAUGGGUUUGGUCCCGACGGCGGUGGGGGUAUCGUUGUCUACUCAGGGUUCAUCGACGAGAUUCUUUCAAGAUCUCCUUGUGAUUCCCUUACGGUCCCCGAACAGCGAUCUUGGUGGUCAUUGCUCCUUGGCGACCUUGUCUUCCGUUCCUCUCCCUCUUCACAUCCUAUUCCCUCUGAAAGACAAAAGACGGAGAUGGCAAUUCUUUUAGCGCACGAACUCUCCCAUCUGAUACUGUCACAUCACUUGGAAACGCUAUCAUCAGGGACCGUGAUCAUACCCGGAACAUUAUCCAUCUUGUCUGAUGUCCUACGCGUGUUUCUAUUCCCCUUUACCAUGCUCUUCGGGCCUUUCGUCAAUGAUGCGCUUGCCCAGUUAGGUAGAGUUGGAUCUGGAGAGCUAGUCAAGGUCGGAGAUUAUUGUACCAGCGUCGCGCAGGAGAUCGAAGCAGACAUUGUCUCUGCAAGAUUACUCGCUCACGCUGGCUACGACGUGCGGGAAGCUGUCAGCUUCUGGGAAGAACGCGCCACCUCAGCUACCGAAUGUGCCCACGCCGAGGCUAUCGAUGGCGCAACAACCAAAGCAGACUCGUUGGCUCGACGCAUCAUGGGCUCUGGUCAUCCUAUGAACGAGUUGCGUGUCGACCGUUUGAAGUCCGAGCUCGUUCGAUGGGAGACCGAACGGCGAGCUGCUCUGGUGAAACGGGCACAUGGCACACAGGAGAGUAGCAUCAUCCUCGCGGCAGCAUGA